GCGAGCGCCGGGGGUUCCAGCUGCGCGUCCCAGGCUCUCCAGGGCGCGGCGGGCCGGGCCGGCCCUGGGCGGGGACAGCUGCGGGGAGAACGCCCGUGGCUGGGCCGGGAAGUGCGGGUACGGCGCGGGACUAGCAGGCAGCAUGUUCUCGGCGGUCGGGAGCCUUCUGCGCCUCGGCCGCGGUGUAACCGUCCGCUGCGCCCCCGGGGCGCCUGUCGAGGCGACGCGGCGACCCGCACCGGUUCUUCCGCCCUGGGGUCUCCCCUGGUACUCCAGCGGCGCGGCCCCCAGCAAUUCUGCACCGAAAGGUCGCGGGGAGGUUCACGGAGUCCCUGCGCAGCACAGGCCUUCGCAAUUCGACAAGAAAAUCCUGGUGUGGACGGGGCGUUUCAAAUCGAUGGAGGAGAUCCCGCCUUGGGUCCCGCCAGAAAUGAUAGACACUGCCAGAAACAAAGCUCGAGUGAAAGUUUGUUACAUAAUGAUUGGACUCACAAUUAUCGCCUGCUUUGCUGUGAUAGCGUCAGCCAAAAGGGCUGUAGAACGACAUGAAUCCUUAGCAAGUUUGAACUUGGCAAAGAAGGCUAAGUUGCGUGAAGAAGCUGCAUUGGCUGCACAGGCUAAAGCAAAAUGAUAUUCUAAUCGACAAAGCAUUCACCCGAAUACCAUCCCCGUCAUCAGCAACAGAAGAUGAGAAAAAUAGAAUAUUUACCAAAAUACCUGCCACGGUUUUAUUUUGCUAACAAGAAGUGCAACAUCUUUUUUAUUUUUACUUUUUAGUAAACUUUUACUAAAGUAUACCAUACCUUCAAAAAGUGAGAAAGGGUGUAUACAGCCUGAUAGAUAUUUAUGUUGUAAACACCUGUGUAACCACUGCCAAAUGAAGAAGCAGAAUAACGGCAACACCUCAAAGCCUCAAUCCUGCCCUUUCUCAGCCAUUACCUCCCAAACAGCAAUUUUUCUGAGUUUCAUCACCUUUGAUUCGUUUUGCCUGUUUUUGAACUUUACAUAAACAGAUUCAUACAGUA